AUGGAGUGCGAGUUUUUCAUGGGCCCUCUUGGCAAGGGUUCCUGGCACGAGUGGGAGGACAACCACCUCGUGGCUCUGCUUGCAACUCUUUGGUACAACAUCAGCAGGUCCGACUCAUCCUGCAUUUCCUGGCGGCGUGUUAAAAAUCUCGUCUUCCGUGCCAAGGGCGUCAUGUGGAUCUGCAAGUUCAUCAGACCCGCGGAAACGCGCUGGAUGGUGAUUCGGGACGCGGCAGCCUUGCUUGAGGAGCGUUGGGAUGAGUCCACCUACAUGUUGGACGACCCUCUGAUUCGAGUGCACGCGAAGUUUUGCGUCGCUCUCAGAAAAGCAGUCCUGAGCUGGGCGUACAACUGGAUUCGUGGGGAGGGUGGCUACUUCUUAGAGGGCACUGGUGGCGUGGCGGAGCGUUUACCCCCAGGCAUGCGGUUGGCGGAGGCAGCCGACUUUUCCCUCCUGCUGGUGAAGCGACUGGAGCGCUCUCAGAGGAUGAGCAUGACGAGGCUGGCUUGCAGUUCGUUCUAUGAGGGCAAGUGGGCGGGGUCGGAGGAGGGGUUUGAACAUGCUGUUGGCCAGGAGGUUGCGCGGGCUUUGCUGCUGGCAUUUUGGCCUAACCGGUAUGAGAGCACGGAGUGGAAGGGGUGGGAGGAGCAAAACACUUUUCGCGAAAAUAAGCUAACGCUUGGCAUGUUUUCGAAGUUGGCUGCGAGUGCAGAGUUCAGGGAAGAGUUGGAGAGGUAUGCCGCAUCUGCACACGAGAAGAAGAAGGUUGUAAGCGAUGUCGAUGUCGAAAACCAGACACCGAGGGUCUCGGGCUUUGAUAUGAUCUGGACUUUCCCCCAGCUGUACGAAUGGGCGUGCCAUGCAGUUUUUUUUGCCCCGAUUCAUCAGCAGCUUGUCGAGAGUAGUUCCUCAACUUACGACACGGGCACCCAGAAGCAUGAUUCUAGGGAGCUGGAUAUCGUCCGCCUUGGGCAGUUCAGCUCCAGAGGUUCUAGGAGAGUGGAGCGAUUGGAUUCCAGUAACCAAGAGAUUCGGGAUGAGGGAGACAAGGCAAUUGCCGUUGCGACGGUGUUGAAAAAGAGUGCCUCUCACGCAGUUCCGAACGAGAGGCAAUUACGAAACGGAGAGCAUGACUGGAGAAAGUUUUUGAAAGACAAGAGUGAGAAAUCAAAGCAUGGCAGCAAGUGGGUUGUUAAGAGCGUGAUGGAGGAGGUGCUGUCGUCGUCUGAAGAGUCUGAGUCUGAGGCGUCAGAGAAUCUGAGUUGUACGUCGGAGGAGGAGAGCGGCGAUCACGCGGAGCCCUGAUUUUUUUUGUUUCGAAGGAAUCUUGGGAAGAAAUCGAUUUUGUUCAAGUUGACAUCAGAAAGGACGUGUAUCCAACCCCACCCUUACCCAACUUUGGCGAGGUUCAAGUCACACUGCGUCGCGAGUGGGGUGUCCACAGCUACUUUUGGCGCUGGAACGGUGGCAAAAGCUGCUCUAGCGGUCGCGGUAGAGGCUGUGCGCGUAGGACAAAAGUUGAUGUAUGAUGCGCGA